GCGCUAUCUGGCACCAUGAUGUGCAGGUGUGGGACGUGUGGGACGGCGAGGUUUACGAAGAGCUUAGGCUACCUGCACCUGGGUCUCUUCUCGCGCCCUAACAAGUACACGGGGAACCGAAAUGUCAACAUUUAAUGCGUCAGUAUUUUAUACAGCACGUUGAUGAUCAUCUACGCCCACGAUGAUAAUAUCCGUCUAACGCUAGCUUUAAGAAAAGUGACAAGCACAGAACUUAUCCUGCUACGAUACUGAUGUGUUCUUUCCCUCCAUCAACAUUCAGCUCGUGCGCUCUAUUAAAGCAUAGUGAACUUGUCACAUUGUUCCACGAGCUCGGUUAUGGUAUGCACAACCUCUUGUGGAGAGCCAGAUAUGUUCGUUUUCACCGAACCAACCGUCCGCCGGACUUUGCGGAAGCACCGAGCGUGAUGCUCGAGAACUUAACCCUUCAUAUAUAGAAAAAUGGCAAGCUACGAACCCUGGACAGGUCCCGCCCGAGAAGAUUCUCGAUGAGAUGUCGGAAAAGCUAUAACUAUAGCGCUACAGCUCAAUUUUAUAUAGCAGUUCAUAGCUCCAUAAGCCGCGAGCAGCUUCUCCGGGUUGAUGAGACGAAGCUGUAUAACGACUUGGCUGACGAGGCAGAAAUGAUCACGAAUGUUUCCCAAAGUGAAGAGGAUCGUGGCAAUCCUCACCUUCACUUUGGCCAUCUGGUUUCUAGCUACGACGCUUAUCUUUGGUACGUAUUCAGUUCUGCUCCUAUGGGCAUCAUGGCAUACUAACAGACGCCUGGAUUGGUGCGCACGUAUCCGCCGCCGAAAUGUUCUAGGCUGUAUUUGCCGAAAGCCCCAGGAGUCGGAAGACAUGGAACCGAUAUCGCAAAGGUAUUCUUGAGGAUGGAGGAGGCCGAGACGAGUGGAGUAUGCUUGAGGAAUUUCUGGGCCACGCUCCAAGUGCGGAUUCUUUGCUUCGGGAACUCGGUCAUGAGAGCAC